UUAACAGACCAAUUGUCAUUUUUUGAACUAUUUUUCAACGAAUAAUGAGCCUGGCCACUUAGAUGGACACUAGAUGGCACUUUGACAGUAGUAUAUAUUUGAAAAUUUGCUGAUUAGGUGUCCAAUUAAUCAGUGAAAAAGCUCAAGCUCGCAUUUUAUUAAUUAACAAGUUCUCAAGUAUCAAAGUACUGACGCUAUAUCAAAUUUUUCUAAAGAACUUCGUACAGAAACUUUUUGAAAAUUCCCACGAUAUCAGGUUAUUUCUUCUUUGACGAAAAAUUAUUACAAUGAAGAUAGAAAAAAGUCUCUCCCAAAUUUUUAAUCAAGAAUUGCAAGUCGGUGACAAAGAAGUCUACACUAAAAUAAUAUCAACCCUAGAACAGCAUGGAGUAAUUAAUGACUAUUAUCCACUCUGUGCUCAAGACAUUGAAGAUAUGGCUACAAAUAUUUACAACGCAAGUGAAGAUCAAUUAGCCGAAGUUGCUGAAACCAUACAACUUUUUUUGAACGAGUACAGGGAAAAAAUAUUUCGUGACAUAUCUUUGUUUAAAAAUGGCACCGCUGUUUCAUUCAACAUCGGGAUAAGACGCCGGCAAUAAUCCGCCAUUAUUUUAUUAAUCAACUAAAAUGUUCGUACAAACAAUUGAAUCCCGACGAGACAUUUUUUAAUAAAAAAUCAAUUAUCACUCAGUUUUUUUUUUUAUUUUUUUUUUUUUACAUAAUUGAGUAAAAGUUAAUAAUUUAAGAUCGCAAGACAAAAGAAAUAAAUAAUAUAAGUCUUCUUCUAUAUUUAUAUAUAAUUUAACUCAGGGAAAGUAGUUGUAAUAAACGACAAUAAUAUAAUGGAAUAGUGUAGAAGGUAUAGAAACAAGAAGACUAGAAUUCUUCAGAGUAAAAUCACAUUUAGGAAUAAAGUGUACAGGAUGCGGUUAUCCAGGAGCACCAGCACACAGUACAGUAAGAUUUACAGACAAUUCAGAUGAUGUACUUGAUGAAGAAGAUUCAUUGAUAAAAGAUACUGUAUUUCCAACUUCAACUGUCGCUACUUAUACAUGCGAACGUGGGUUCGAAUUGUUAGGACCCGCGAGAAGACAGUGUCAGGCUGACGGUACUUGGACACCUGAAGGCGUACCUUUUUGUGUGUUGAAUGUUGCUGGAGGCAAGGCGCCGAUGCAAUCCAGCAGCGCUGAAGGGGGUAUACCUCAAAAAGCCGUUGAUGGUAGCAGCGGUCAAGUGUAUAAUCCUCAAACUUGCACGCUCACGAGGUCAGAAGCUAAGCCUUGGUGGUAUGUUAAUUUACUGGAACCUUACAUGGUGCAAUUGGUACGAUUAGACUUUGGAAAGGCUUGCUGUGACGGUACUUCUGGAACAAUAGUCGUACGCGUCGGUAAUAAUCGCCCGGAUCUUGGUACAAAUCCUAUUUGUAAUAAAUUUUCCGGGCCUCUUGAAGAAGGACAGCCAUUAUUUUUACCAUGCAAUCCACCAAUGCCUGGCGCAUUUGUGUCCGUGCAUUUAGAAGCUUCCUCCCACACGCCGACUCCUGUUCAGUUGUCACUUUGCGAAGCUUUCGUUUAUACUGAUCAGGCUUUGCCGAUAGAAAGGUGUCCGCAAUUCCGCGAUCAGCCGCCGGGAUCCACGGCGACUUAUAAUGGAAAAUGUUACAUAUUUUAUAAUCGCCAGCCGAUGCAAUUCCGCGAAGCACUCGCGUUUUGUCGUGCCCGAGGUGGUACUUUGGUAGACGAAAGCAAUCCAGCUCUCCAGGGUUUCAUAUCAUGGGAACUGUGGCGUCGUCAUCGGAGCGAUACCUCGAGCCAGUACUGGAUGGGCGCAGUGCGCGAUUCUAAGGACAAAAGUAUUUGGAGAUGGACCGGAAGUGGUGAUGAAGUCGCAGUGUCGUUCUGGAGUCUGCCUCAAGGCACCCAAGAAGACUGCGCGCGUUACGAUGGCAGCAGAGGGUGGCUCUGGUCCGACACGCCCUGUACCGCACGACUUAAUUAUAUUUGCCAGCACCAACCGCGUGCUUGUGGCAGACCCGAGCAACCGCCAAACUCAACGAUGAUUAUCACAAAUCAAAGUGACGAUUCUCCAUCAACGUCAUCCUUAUCUUCAUCAGGAAAUAAUUAUCAAGUUGGCGCAACAGUUGCAUACAGUUGUAAUGCAGGAAGUCUUUUGAUAGGUCCGUCAACUCGUACAUGCUUAGACACUGGAUUCUACAAUGAAUUCCCACCAGUUUGUAAAAGUAUUGAAUGCGGUUUUCCAGCGAGCAUUAAACAUGGAGAGUACACGCUUAUCAACAAUACCGUGACUUACUUGAGCCAAGUUCUCUAUUCCUGUGAAGAUGGUUACGAAAUGACAGGUCGAGCGCGGCUCACGUGUGACAUCGACGAGCGUUGGAACGGACCACCACCGCGAUGUGAGCCCAUUCGCUGUGACCCACCUCCGCUGGUGACUCACAGCUCUGUCCAACUCGAUGAAAUGAAUACCGACAAUAAUAAUCUUGAUAAAAGUACAAAUCGCAGCCUAAUUGUGGGCAGCAUUGUCACCUAUACCUGCGACAAGGGCUACAAAGUCUCAGGCACCCGACAAAUUUUGUGCCUACCCACCGGAUUGUAUGAUCAUCCCGCCCCGGUUUGCUUGCUCGAGGAAAUUCGCACGACAGUCCGAUCUACAACACGACCGCCUGUUACGCGCGGUAAGCCGUUUUACCCCGCACGAACGCGCACAACAACAGAAUCAUCUUCAACGGAUGCUAAUAAUGUCGCUGAGGAUAAAAUUUCUAUUGCUGAAUUGCCGGCUACUGUGCGUGAGGCUGCGGUCAGGAAACCGCCGAUUUCUCUUCGCAAACCCGCUCCCACCUCUUCCUCGUCUUCGUCAUCGUCGCCAGCUCUAAAUAAUAAUAAUGACGACGAUCAUCCGCAAGACAAUGAGAUCUCAGCAAGUGGAGUAGACAACGCUCGUGCUAAAAUAGCAUCCGGUGUAUCAGAACCUACGGGUCCAUACCGCGUUGACACUACGACUUACCAAGCAAAACUGAGUCUUGGUGGUAUGAUUGCUCUAGGUGUCGUCGGUUCAAUAAUAAUUGUGUCCGUUGUUGCCACCACCGUAGUAGUCCUCAUGAAGAGGACUCGAGGCAGCAAACAUUACAGACACCGCGCGUCCCCGGAUUGCAACACCGUAGCAAGUUUUGACAGCAGCUCAUCAGAAAGUCGCGGUGGACUAAACAGAUAUUACCGUCAGGCAUGGGAAAACUUGCACGAGGCCACUGGACAGAAAGCCAACCCUCCAUUGAGACGCAAAGACACUCUCGACGAUCCUAAUUACCGCGAUAACUAUCGUGGCAACGAAAACAAUAACACUGGAGGUGAUGAUCCUAGUGCUUUUGCUGGUAAUAAGCAUUCUAAUGACAAGAAACGACAUCAUCAUCAUCACCACCAUCACCACGGAUCGACAACGAACUCAGAGUGGCGGCAGUCUCAGACUCACCACCGAUAUUAAAUACUUAAUAAUAUUUUAUAUAAAUAAAUACUAUAUAUAAAUACUUAAUAAUAUUAAUUAAUAAUUAAUAAAUAAUUAACAUUAUUGUAAAUAAUUUUGAGUUCGUGUUACGGCUCAGGAAUAUUUUAUCCUGAUGGAAAACAUGCCAAAAAAUAAUAAUCUAUUUAUGUUACUUUCAAAUACUAAUAUAAGAUAAAUUCGCUGAGUUAAAUUUACGUUUUUUUAAAUUUAUAUAUAUUUUAUAUUUUUAAAUUUUAUUUGACAUUUUUUUGAGGCCAUAAUGGACACCUUGGCCUCACCUUUGUCGGGAUUAUAAGGAUAGGCUAAUGUGGUCCAUUUGGUAAUAAAUUUCUUUUUUUUAUGACUGACGAAUUUUGAUUGACUACUGAUUGAUAUACAUAUAUAUAUAAUUAUAUAUAUAUUUUCGUUCUUUAAUGUAUAAUUAUAAAAAUAAUUUUAACAUAUAGAUUUUAGUUUAAAACAUGUAUGUAUUUUAUGUCAGAGUUAAUAUAUUUGAUAAAUAUAACGAGCUCAGUCUUUUAUUUUUAUCACUGUCCUGAAACUUUUUUUUUUUUAUAUCAACUCCAUUUUUACUGAUAUUUAAUUUCAUUAUUUAAUUAUAUUACG